AUGGACGGCCUUUCAGGCGCAGCAAGCGUCAUCGCGGUAAUCGACAUAUCCGCCAAGAUCGUCUCGCUCUGUUACCAGUACUCCGUGGCUAUCAAGGACGCGAGAGAUAAUAUCGAGCGUGUACGAAGAAAGGUUAGCGACAUUACCCACAUUCUGGAGAAGAUCAAGCAGCUCCUCGACAGCCAGGACAAGACGCGGCUCUCUACUACUCAGGGCCUGUUUAGCUCGCUCGAACAAUGCCUAAAGGAGCUGGAAGGCCUAGAAGUGACGCUGGAACCAAGAAAGACCCGUAAGACCAUGAGCCGGUUCGGUUUCCGUGCGCUCAAAUGGCCGUUCACGAGCAAGCAGGUGGACAAGAUCGUUUUAGACUUGGAAAGAUACGAGCAGACAUUUGGCUUAGCACUACAGGCCGAUCAGACAGUCGUUGUGUCCAGCAUAGAUCAGAAACUAGAUCUAGCAAAACUGCCUGUCGCGAUAGACGCCUCCUUCAAUUCCCACAACGAAGAGCACAACGCACGGUGCCUACCAAACACCCGCACUGAGCUGCUAGACGAUAUUAUAAGAUGGGCGAACAAUAAGGAUGGCAAGCCUAUAUUCUGGCUGAAUGGCAUGGCGGGUACGGGAAAGUCUACGAUAGCGCGAACGGUUGCGCAGUCGUUCGCCAGUCGAGGGCAGCUCGGAGCCAGCUUCUUCUUCAAGAAAGGCGAGGGCGAGCGCAGCAAUGCCUCACGGUUCUUCACUACCAUUGCCACUGAUCUAGUCGCCUGCGAGCCAGACAUGCUACCAGGCAUCAGGAAGACGCUCGAUGAGGACUCGACGAUCUCACAUAAGGCCCUGAAAGACCAGUUCGAGAAGCUGAUCCUGCGGCCACUCCUGGGGAUAAAGCAGGCUCGUUCACAGGUGUUGGCACGUGUUGUUGUGAUUGACGCGCUGGACGAAUGUGAGCGAGACGCCGAUAUUAGAGCGAUUCUUCAGCUGCUUGCUCGGACAAAAGACAUUCGCCCAGUCUCGCUACGUAUCGUGGUCACCAGUCGGCCAGAGCUCCAUAUCCGCUUAGGCUUCAAGGAAAUGCCAAACGGCACGUACCAAGACCUAGUACUCCACCAAGUACCAAGAAGCAUGAUCGAACAUGACAUCCGUCUAUUUCUAGAGCAUGAGCUCAGUAUAAUACGAAAAGAACGCAUGCUAUCCUCAGACUGGCCAGCUCAACAACAGAUUCUCGCGCUAGUUGAGUUGGCUGUACCGUUAUUCAUCUAUGCUGCCACAGUGUGUCGGUAUAUCAGCAGAAAAGGAAGUAAUCCUACAGCUUUGUUAGAUAAGGUCCUGCAGUAUCAGAAAGCAACGUUUUCGCAGCUAGAUCGGACGUAUCUCCCUGUGCUUGAUCAGCUGCUUAGUGAGCAGGAAGAAGACGAGAAGGAGACGUGGCUUCAGGAUUUCCGAGAAAUUGUCGGCAGCAUUGUUGUUCUCGAAAGCCCACUAUCUGCUAUCUCGCUUGCUCGCUUACUGCAAGUUCCACAAGAAGAGAUUCAGUGUCGACUUGACCCGCUAUACUCUGUUCUUAGUGUUCCGGAUAAUAAGGACGCGCCUAUUCGUCUUUUACACUUGUCCUUUCGCGACUUCCUCAUCAAUCCCCAAAAGCAGGGAAAGAGCCCAUUCUGGGUAGAUGAUAAAAGAACGCACCGGAAGCUUGCAUCUCGCUGCCUUAAGCUUAUGUCUGGUUCUGGCGGUCUUUGUCAGAAUAUAUGCGGCCUCUCAGGCCCUGGGGUGCUAAGGAGCGAGAUAGAUGAGCAAACAAUUACCACCAGCCUGCCACCUGAUCUGCAAUAUGCGUGCCGUUACUGGGUUGACCAUCUCAAGCAGAGCAGGCAAGAUAUUGUUGAUAGAGAUGCAAUCCACCUCUUUCUACAUGAGCAUCUUCUUCAUUGGCUUGAGGCCAUGAGCCUUAUGAAAGAAUCAAGUAGAUGCAUUAACUUACUCGACAGCCUCCAGGCCCUUACUAGCCCUUCUGCAAACCUAGUGUUAGACUUUCUUUAUGACUCUAAGCGACUUGUGCUACGAUUCCAAUCCAUACUCGCAGAUGCGCCGUUACAGAUCUAUUACUCAGCGCUAGUAUUCGCACCAGAGAAGAGCGUAAUACGACAAACAUUCAUAGAUCAAGUGCCAGAAACUGUCAAGAUGCUGUCUAUGCGAGAAGCACACUGGGACGCAUGCCGCAACACACUCGAGGACCAUUCCUCCAUUGUCAGCGCGGUGGCGACGGGGACAUGUCGUAGCACGCUCGACGUACCUUUCGAGCAUUUCUCGUAUAUCAAUUUCUCACUAGAUGGCCGCGUACUCCACACGAACCAAGGCAACAUCUGCUUACCCCAAUCUUCUAUUCUCGAAUGUGUUCCCAGGCCGCAGUCGCAGUCCUUCUCUGUUCUAGUGCAAAAUCAAUGGAUAUUCCGCAACCAAGAACGUUUCCUAUGGCUUCCUCUAAAGUACCGGUCAAGUUUGACCGUCCCCCAAUUGCCGCUAGAAAUAGAUGACGCGAAAGCAAUUACAUAG